AUGCCUUCGAGAUCAUUAUUAGCAGACGCUUUUAGAGCCUACCCCGUCCAUCUACACCAAAAGCACCUUGACUUUAGCUCUCUUCAAGAGAUUCCUGACUCCCACAAAUGGACUCAAGUCGAUGAUGAACGGCAUCCUUCAGUUGAGUCCUUCGUCACUGAGUCCGUGCCCGUUAUCGAUCUCUUAGACCCUAAUGUUCUUCAAAAUAUAGGCCAUGCAUGUAAAACUUGGGGUGUGCUUCAAGUCACAAACCAUGGCAUCCCUAUUAGCCUUCUCGACAACGUUGAGAGUGCUAGUAGGACCCUUUUCUGUUUACCUACCCAACAAAAACUCAAAGCCGCUAGAUCACCCGAUGGUGUUUCAGGCUAUGGUGUGGCUAGAAUUUCUUCAUUUUUCUCCAAGCUCAUGUGGUCAGAGGGAUUCACCAUAGUUGGCUCUCCACAAGAGCAUUUUCGCCAACUUUGGCCUCAAGAUUACACCAAAUUCUGUGAUGUAAUUGAAGAAUAUGAGAAAGAAAUGCAAAAGUUAGCAAGAAGGUUGACGUGGUUAGUGUUGGGCUCAUUAGGCAUAACCAAGAAAGAUCUCAAAUGGGAUGGCCCAAAAGGUGAAUCCAAAGAGAGUAGUGCAGCCCUACAACUGAAUUACUACCCGGCUUGCCCGGAUCCAGAUCAGGCAAUGGGUCUUGCUGAGCACACAGACUCCACUCUGCUCACCAUUCUUUACCAGAGCAACACUAGUGGAUUGCAAGUGCUAAAAGAGGGAACUGGGUGGGUCACUGUCCCACCAAUCCCGGGUGGGCUUGUUGUAAACGUAGGGGACCUACUCCACAUCUUAUCAAAUGGGUUGUACCCGAGUGUGCUCCACCGAGCGGUGGUUAACCGGACCCAACACAGAUUAUCCAUUGCGUACCUCUAUGGGCCACCUUCAAGCGUUCAAAUAUCACCCUUACAAAAACUUGUAGGCCCAAAUCAUCCUCCCCUCUAUCGGCCAAUCACUUGGAACGAGUACCUUGGCACUAAAGCUAAGCAUUUCAACAAAGCACUCUCAUGCGUUAGAAUUUGUGCUCCUCUAAAUGGACGUGUUGAUGUAAACGACCAUAAUAGGGUAAAAGUUGGUUAG